AUGGAUGCAAGAGCCAAGAGGAAGAAGAGGAGGCUGGAGGAGGGACGGCGCCGUGGCCAAGAACUGCCGGUGCCGCCCCGGGGCCCGGAUCUGAUCAGCCGCCUCCCCGACGAGAUUCUUGACAGCAUCAUCACCCUCCUCCCGACCAAGGACGGCGCCCGCACCCAGAUCCUCUCUCGCCGGUGGCGGCCCCUUUGGCGCACCGCGCCUCUCAACCUCGAGGCCGAUAUCAGUUACGGCAACCUAAACAAGGAUGCGCACAUGGCCACCAUUUGCAGCCUGUUGAGCACGCACCAGGGCCCUCUCCGUCGCUUCUCACUCACCUAUCACCUAUGGGGCAAUGACUUCCAGAUUGUCGACACAUUGAUGCAAUCCCCCCGGAUCAACGACUUCCCGGAGUUGGAGAUUUGUUCAUACAGUGUACUUCCGCCGUCUGUGCUCCGUCUUCUGCCGGCAGCCAGUGCCUUGCACUUAUGCAAGCGGAUUGCAUCCUCAUCUUCCUAUCUCAUCUUCCCAGACCUCAACCAGCUCACACUACCAAAUUGCAGUCUCAAUUUCCCCAACCUCAAGCACCUCACACUUGCCAAGGUCCACAUAUCUGGGACUGCUCUCCAUGCCGUCCUGUCAGUAUGCCCUGUCCUGGUGAGCUUGGUUCUGGAUGGUAGCAUUGGUUGCCAGAGUCUACAGAUCAGCUCCAUGACCCUUCGGAGCCUUGGUGUGUCAGGCUCGAAGGGAAAGCUGGAAGAGCUCACUGUUGAGGACGCCCCUCUCCUAGAAACGAUUAUGCCACGGCCUCCAUGUUAUGGCCUGGUGAUCCGGGUUAUUCAUGCACCCAAACUGAAGACAUUGGGCUAUCUACAUGACGACAUCCCCAUAUUUCAGCUUGGAACCAUGCUUUUUGAGUCAUAUCCUCGAAUACUUACGAAGAACGAACAAGCCUAUGCUCCACUCGAAUGCCUUGAUCGGCAUCUCAAGAAGAUGCAGAUAAUAAAUUAUGAGGACAACUGUGCAGAUAUAAAUUUCGUCAAGUUCUUCAUCUUAAACGCCAGAGUGCUUGAAGCUAUGAAGUUUGUAGUCUGUCAAGGCCAAUGUGAUGCCCUGGUGAUCAUAUCUUUUGAAGGUCUUUAUGAGUCAGACAGUUUGACAUCAUUUAUUGAUUAUUAG